CUUCUGCUCUCGCGACAUUUUCUCAUCUCGCGAGAGGUCAUGCCUUGAGGUCACGCCAUUUUGGAGGAACAAUUUUCUAGGGAAAUAAUUUUCCCGAGGUAUCUCAAGAUGGCGGGACCAAAGCAUCGCCCCAGGUGUUUCUUCGACAUUGAAGUCAACGGAACACCAGCGGGGAGGGUGGUGAUGGAACUAUACAGCGACGUCUGCUUCAAGACUUGCGAGAACUUCCGCUGCCUUUGUACAGGGGAGAAGGGUCUAGGGAAGACAACAGGCAAGCUUCUCCACUACAAAGGCACACCCUUCCACCGGGUUGUCAAGGACUUCAUGAUUCAAGGAGGAGACUUCACUGAAGGCAAUGGACGGGGAGGGGAGUCCAUCUAUGGAGCCACGUUCAAAGAUGAGAAUUUCAUUUUGAAACAUGACCGUGAAUUUCUCCUCUCAAUGGCCAAUCGUGGCAAAGAUACCAAUGGGUCACAAUUCUUCAUAACCACCAAACCUGCACCUCAUCUGGACAAUAUCCAUGUGGUGUUUGGUCAUGUACUAGAAGGACAGCAGAUUGUACGUUCUAUAGAGAACCAAAAGACUGAUGCCACCAGUAAGCCAUAUGCUGACGUUCGCAUUGCCAACUGUGGGGAGCUGGUGCCCAAAGCCAAGACCAAGGCAAAGAAGAGAAAGAAGGAAGAGGAGUCCUCCUCAGUGUCGGAGUCGUCCAGUGGGUCCGAGUCGUCCUCCUCCAGUGAGAGUGAGGAAGAGGGGUCCAUCAGCGGGUCCUCGGACAGCUCCGAGACGCGCAGGCGCUGGAGCAAACGCAAGAAGAAACUGAAGAAAAAGGAGGCCAAGAGGCGACGCAAGGAGAAGAAGAAGAAAAAGAAAUCCAAGAAGUCCAGAAAGGAUGGGUCUGACAGUGAUGAGGAGAGUGGAGAAGACAAAGAGGGUGAUGUCACUGCUGUGCCGUCAUCUGUACGGGCUGAAGACAUCCCUGAUAUCCCUCCUAACAACUUCCUCAUGCGCAGGACACCACCAACUGCAAAAUCACCACAGGAGACAGCCAGCUCCGGUCCUGCCCCUGAACCAGUGUCCUACCAGAGCAGCCGACCCAAGGUGUCUAAGUCUGGCCGCAAGAUCAAGGGCAGGGGAACCAUGCGUUACCGGACGCCCUCCCGCAGUCCCUCUCCAAGCCGCUGGGGGCGCCGCAGUGAGACCCCGCCUCACUGGCGCCAGGAGCAGCUCCGCAGUCGUAACUACGGCACGGAGCGCUGGACGAAGGGCGACAAACUGGCGGAGCAGGAGCAGGAGGAGGAGCUGCAGGAGAGGAUCCGCCGCCGCCAGCGCAGACACCGCGAUCGAGACAUCCGGGAUCGCUUCCAGAGAGGAAAGUCUAGAUCAGACUACGACAGCGAGGAAUAUGAAAGCCGUGACCGCCACCAUUCUCACCGAGAUAAAAAGAAGCACAAGAAAGACAAGAAGAAGUCCAAGCAUAAGAAGAAGAAGCACAAGAAGCGUGUGAAGAAGCGAUCUCGGCGGGACAGCAGUGCCGACUCGCAGUCUUCACGGUCUGCGUCACGCUCCAGGUCUCCUGUCAGGAGGGACAGAGAACCAGAGAAAGAAAAGUCAGAGAGUCCCCCUCCCACCCACUGGAGACCAGGCCAGGCUCCCCUCAAACCACACAAAACAGAACUGCACCGACAGAGGGCGCCGCUCACUAACGGAGAGGACAGGGAGGAGGAGGCGUCCAGUGUCAACGGACGUCGGUCCCCUAGCCGGAGCCCCUCCCCCUCGCCUCCCCCCAGACGACGCAGCCCCUCCCCCUCCCCACCCCCCAGACGACGCAGCCCCUCUCCCCCACCCCGGCAGCGUAACCCCUCCCCCCCUGCAGUACAGACCUAUCACACUAGGGACCUGGGGAGGCAGGCACAAACCGGAGGUUGGUCUUCUGAAGAUAGAGGAUCAGACAGGUAUGGAAACCAAAGAAGAAUGUCUGACCAAAGAUCAUCAGGAUCCAGAUCACAACAAAGAUCACGGUCCAGGUCCAACAGCAGGUCAAAAUGGAGGGGGCGGUCGUCCUCUCGUUCCAGGUCCUACUCCCGGUCCAAAUCCCGGUCCAAGUCCAGAUCUAAGUCACCAGUCCGUUCCCGGAGAAGCUCGCGGUCGAGCGUGUCGAAGAGUAAAUCUUCCGAGGACUACUCUCAGUCCAGCGACCGCGACACGAGCAGGAAGAAGUCUGAGCGGAAGGGAUCCAACUCCUCGCAGAAGAAGAUCCGAGAGAGGUUCCAGUGGCAGCCGCCUCUGGAGCCAGAAGACGAGGUGGAGGAACCGGCGGAGUACGGGAAGCGAUCCGAGGGGCAGAUCUCGGCAGGCGAGCCAAAACCGCGCAUCAGGACCCCCCCUCUGGCUCAGAUCUGGGGCCACGUGGCCGAGGAGGUGAAGAAAAAGGCCGUGUCCACCUCAGAGUCAGACAGGAGCAUCGGCGAGGAAUCUCCCGCGGAGAAAAGCAGCCCGCCGAGGAGAGGCAGCAGCGGAAGCGACAUGGAAGUCUCUGACCAGGAGAACGGAGGCAUCGAGGUGUCCUCUCAUUCUAAACAACCGGAGAAUAGAAACAAGACCACCGUGAGGCUGUCACCCAGAGAGAGCCCUCCAGCGAGAAUCCUCACAGGUCGCAAGGUGGAAAUAGUGGUGAGAGAACGGGCUGCAAACCCUCAGCCGACAGGCAAGUGGAAGGCACUGGGAAACGCCGAGGAUCUGAAAGAUACGGAGAUUAAAGGAGGGCUGGCAGUCCUGGAGAAGGAGAGGAUGUCUGAUAGGUCUCGCAGUGAGGAGGAAUCGAAGGUUUACAGGGUCAAACCGGGAUCCCUCAUCGAUGAGGUACAGAAGACGUCCGAGCGCCACUCCAACCGACAUCUGAGGAAGAGGAUGGAGAGCGAGGAGUCGGACAGCCAGGGCAGCCGCAGUCGCAGCCGCAGUCCCAAACGCUCUGGCCAGCGCCGAUCGACUUCUCACCGGCAGUCUGCGGACCGCAGACGACGCAGAACGUCCUCCCGGUCCCGCUCCCGUAGUUACAGUAGGCGCAGUCGGAGCUACAGCCGAUCGCGCAGUAGAGAGAGGGCAAGCCGGCGAGAGUCUGACCGCGGGAGAGGAGGUACAGACAGGAGGAGCUGGAGCAGGCGGGAUAGGAGCAGGAGUACCGACCGGCGUCGCAGGAGCCGCGAGCGACGCAGAAGUGCCUCCCCUAAACCCAGGCGGCGCAGCCGGUCACGCAGUCAGGGGUACAAGAGGGACAGGAGGCGAAGCUACAGCCGGAGUCGGAGCCCUUCCCACGAGAAGCGCCGCUCUCGGAGUGACAGUAGCGACCGUCGGAACAGGUCACGGGACAGGUCAUACGACAGGUCCAGGGAUCGUCGCAGGUCAGAAAGCAGGUCAAGACGCAGUCGACACUCUCGCUCCUACUCCAGGUCCCGCUCCCGCAGCUACAGUAGUGACAGUUCAAGGUCACGCUCAAGGUCACGGUCAAAGUCGCGCUCCUACUCCCGGUCCCGGUCUCGUAGUCGCGGGCGUAGUGACCGCAGGCGAGAUUCGCGCCGCCGGCCGUACAGCCGCAGUGCCAGCAGGUCCAGUAGUGGGUCAGACAGCGGCAGUCAAUCAUCCAGCAGUCAGGACUAAAUCUCCACCCACCCACCUUCUCCAAUAAAAAAACUGAUUUCUUCCACGCAAAACCAACCUCCCUUGUGUGAUAAUGGAAGCUACCAGAUUCUGUUACACUUUGGUUACACAUUGUUUUAUUGUGGAACAGUCCACUUCUUAAGUAGGGGUGUUGUGGACAAGAUAAUG